AACGCCGGGCUCGUGGAAUGGAGGCUAUAUAGAAGCUGUGCCCAUGCAUUGCAGUGCUGGUGGCUUUAGGGAUUUAUUUUAGGGCAUCGGGUUCGUGGAUGGCGCUGGCGCUGGCCAUGGCGCCGUGCUGCCGCUGAUCGAUGCUGCUGCUAGGUCACUCAAAGUUGGCCCAUUCUCACGAGAUUUCAGCUGCUGCGUGCCGUCUAAGAAGCGCCAAGGCGACGGGAAGAAGAAGAAGCUCCGGUGAGGUAGAAAGAUGCCGUCUGAGGAGCGUGGAAACGGGGGAGAGGCCCCCAACGAAGACCCAUCACCGGAAUGUAGUAACGAUGCUGCUGCUGCUCCUGCCGUGGAUGCUACUACUCCGGCUGAUGCUGCUACUGCUGCUGCUACUGCUGCUACUGCUGGUGAUGGUCCAGUGGCUGCCGACGCUACUCCGGCUCAAUCUCCUCCUGUCGAUGGCUCCAAUGAGUACAUCACAGUGUACUUAAGCGAGAUUCGAAAGGAGAUGCAGUGUCCCAUUUGUUUGGGUAUCAUCCGGAAGACAAGGACGGUUAUGGAGUGCUUGCACAGAUUUUGUAGAGAGUGUAUAGACAAGUCGAUGCGUUUGGGGAACAAUGAGUGCCCUGCAUGUCGUACCCAUUGCGCCAGUAGGAGGUCUUUACGGGAUGAUCCGAAUUUUGAUUCAUUAAUUGCGGCGUUGUACCAGGAUAUCGACAAGUAUGAAGAAGAGGAAAUGUCUUUGCUCGAAGAAGAGACGUGGAAGAAUAAGCAGAUCCAGGCUGACAUCGCGGAAACCGCCAAACGACAGUCCGAAGCACUCGCCAAACGCAGAACAGCUAAAGCCACUGCUGCUGCGAUUGUCAGAAAGGCCCACGGUAAGUUCAGGCCUGUUUCAGGUCGAAGGGGGCGAGGCGGCUCCAGGCGGAGAAGUUCGAGAAGAGAACUUUCGCCUUUGGAAGACGAAAGUGACUAUUAUAUGGAGAAAGACGUUCCUGUGGAGCCAAGGAGAACGUCUACUCGCAAGAGACAGAGACCUGUUACGUUUGACUCGUCGCUAAGUGUCAGCAUUGAGGAAGAAAGUAACGACAGUGACGACGAAGUGGACGAUGUCGUAGCUCGCAGAAGGCAUGCAUCUCCAGCGACAGGAAAUGGAGACGCUAUGGUAACCUGGGCAAGAGCUGGCACUCGCAGUCACACACGGUAUGGAAGCGUUAGUACUGGCGCUGGAAACAGUGCCAGGCACCUGCGGUGUAUGCGUGCUACAGUUCUACUUGAGUCUCUGGCCGCUGCUACGUACAAAGAUAUCAAUGAGCUCGAUGUCCAGUUCAGUUUAAUGCCGAUGAUGGAUGACUCGAAUGCCGCAAACAAUCUUCCAAGUCUCGAGAGGCCUCACUUGUGCUGCUCACCAAAACUGUCUAUCCAACAAGUUUGUUCGUUUCUUAUGAGUCACGACUUGUUCCCAAUGGAUACGGAACUCGAAAUUGUUGCGGAAUGUGAUUGCAGAGAUCCCCUCGUCCGUGAAAAACUGCAAAACAAGGAGCCCAGUGCCAAUAGCGGGAAAUUUGUGGAGAUUCUCGACAUGAAUGCUACUCUAGGCGACGUUUAUACUGCUUACUGGAAUAGAUACAACAACUUGUCCUUGCUGUACCGGAGAAAGUGUCAAUAACUUGUAACCCGUGACGCGUGAGCAGUGUACCAUAGCAAGCACACUUUGUAGUCAGUUAGAGGACAUUGAGCUAGUUUUUUGCAUGUAUAUUGACGAGGAAACACUUUGCAGACACAUUUUCUUCCUCGAGGUAUGGAUUGUCCACUUUGUUGAGCUUUAAAAGAGUUUUCUCCGCAGGUUUGAAGCUAA